GCAAAAACAUCCAUUGAUCCACACAGAGUAUCCCCUUCUCCCUCACUCUCGCAAGGAUCCAACAUCGGAGGAGAGGGGAGAUAAUAUCCAAGAAUAGCCUUUUGUCUUUGAUUUUUCUUGACAUUAAACGAAAUCUUCGCUCCGCCGUCAAAGUCCCGGGCGGAUUGAUAUAAAAUUUGUGUCGUUGACGUAUUUUAACUUAGAGAUGGUGGCGGUAAGAGCAGCGCGGAGCUUGAAUUGCGGUGCUUCGCAGAAAUUUGAGUCUGGAAAGUUGACGUUGCUGCCUAAGGUUGACUUCGUGGCGUUACCGGCGAUUGGUACCGGUAGUAAGUUGGGGCUGAAUGGUUGCAGACUGAGAGCGAGUUCUUUGGGCCCAAUCAAGGCAAUGGAGGAGUCAACGGUGUCUUUGGAGAAUGGCUGCACGCCUGCUGCUCUCGUCAAUGGUAAAAGUCUUCAGCAGAUCGGAAAGUCAACAAACAUUUUGUGGCACAAAUGUCAGGUGGACAAAGUUGAUCGGCAAGAGUUACUUCAGCAAAAGGGGUGUGUCAUAUGGAUUACUGGACUCAGCGGUUCAGGAAAAAGCACUCUGGCAUCUGCUCUAAGUCGAGGCUUGCACUUUAGAGGAAACCUGAGCUACAUCCUUGAUGGUGACAACGUUCGUCAUGGUCUAAACAGUAACCUGGGUUUUAAAGCAGAGGACCGUGCAGAAAACAUACGAAGAGUUGGGGAAGUAGCGAAGCUAUUUGCAGAUGCUGGUAUUAUUUGUAUUGCUAGUUUGAUAUCCCCCUAUAGAAAGGAUCGUGAUGCUUGUCGGGCAUUAUUACCAGAAGGAGAUUUCAUUGAGGUGUUCAUGGAUGCGCCACUCCAAGUUUGUGAGGCUAGGGACCCAAAGGGACUGUACAAGCUUGCUCGGGCUGGAAAGAUUAAAGGAUUCACUGGGAUUGAUGAUCCAUAUGAACCACCAUUAAACUCUGAGAUCCUAAUACGGCAGAGGGAAGACCAAUGUGCUUCACCAAGUGAGAUGGCUGAAGCUGUCAUCAAUUACUUGGAGGAGAACGGGUACCUGCAGGCCUGAUACGCGAAAAGGGCCUUCUAGUUUCCAGCCGCGUAGGCUUUCUUACCUGUAUAUAGCAUGCUGCGACAACAGGAACUUCUUCAACUUCCCUGCCAUUUCAAGUCCUAUCAUAUUCCAUUUUCCGAAUCUACUAGUCAUUUGAUUAAUUGAGAUGUUCAUUGUCUUGUUACUAUGAAUUCUGCUUCUUGAGUAUAUAGAAAUAAGGCCGAAAUUCUGUAGUGUAAGUUAUAUAUCAUCUUGCAACUUUGUAUGUUCAUAUUGCAAGAUUUCAUAUCUUGCAAAACCUUAUGUAGACAUUUACCUUAAUAAUACAAGAGCAGAAUGUUUCUUGUUA